UACCAGCUGACAUGCUGCAGUGAGCAUGGCUCCUGUGGUUGCAGAGGUGUGAAAGGUGGUUUUAGAACCAGGUGUUCUCAUUGUGGGUCCAGAGCCACUUCUUCUUCGGAGGUUCACUUUGACGCAGGAACAAAGUUAAUUGUGCUCGAGGCGGGCCAGGGUGUCACGCCCCCCACAGUCACUUUGCUUCCGCCUUCUCCUGAGGAGAACCCCGACCACAGGAACAAGGACAAGAGGACCAAGACUCUGGUCUGCGUGGUCACUGGCUUCUUCCCCGACCACGUGAGUGUGUGGUGGCAGAUCGAUGGCGGCGUGGUCACCAGUGGCGUGGCCACGGACGCCGAGUCCCAGCGAGACCACGCCCACUACGGGACCAGCAGCAGGCUGAGCGUGGACGCGGACACCUGGUUCACACCUGGCAGGGCCUUCAGGUGCACCGCCACUUUCUUUGACGGGAACCAGACCAGCUCUCAUUCGGACACGGUCUACGGCAUCCAGGACACCAUGACUAGAGGUAGAAAGAAGGAGGAGUGUCAUGCGCUGACAGACAGAGAUGUGGGCGUGGCUUUGCAGCUGAGAGGCAUCGGAUUGGUGGAACAUUGUCAUCCUAUGAAUAUUCAUCUUUACACUUGGCCAGAGAGAAGUUGUCCUCCAGGAGUGGACGUCAUGGAUCAACUACUGACAGAAGAAAGCAUGAAGUUGGACAAGCUGCUGGGCAACGUCAUCAGGUCGGCAGACGUCAUCCUGUGGGGCACCACGCCCGCCACCCCGCCGCCCGCCCCCCCGGCCUUCCUGCAGCCCCCGCCGCCCGCCAAAGUCAAGGCCGGCACGGUGGACUACGUGGCCCCGCCCCCUCAGCAGCCCGCAGCUGCCCACGGCCACGCCUCGGGUGACUUGUCGCCCGUGGGAGACGCCGCUUGCCAGCAGCUGGAGACCCUGUUGGAGAGUCUGCCCUGCAUGGACGACGACCUGUCCAACGUCCUGGACGACUUCUGGCUGCCCGACUACCUGAGUGGCAGCGAGGGAACACUCAUCAUCCAGGAGCAGGACAACAAGGUGACGGGGAUGUCGCUGUCCGAGGUCCCAGCCCUGCCCCCUAUUGGAAGAGUGGUGUUAGCUAAUGUGCAUCUCUCGGGGCGUAGAAACGGCGAGGUGAUGUGCGGGCCGCCGUCCUCCGCCGCCACCAUCUCCUUUGAUGUGCCCAGCGGCGCGUCACAGAGCAUGUGUUACAGCGGCGGCCACGGGCAGCCAGAAGGGGAGCGGCCGUACAUCAAGAAGCCGCCAAACGCCUUCAUGCUGUUCAGGAAGGAGCAGAGCCCCAACGUGGUGGCGCAGUUCAACAUCACCAACUCUGCUGCCGUCAACAAGAUCCUGGGGAAGAUGUGGAAGUCUCUGCCCAAGAAGCUGCAGGCCAAGUACUACCAGCAGGCCGAGGAGCACAAAGUCCUGCACAGCCUGCAACACCCGGACUGGUCCUGCACAGAAAACUAUGGCAAGAAGAGGAAGCGAGACCGGGGAAGGCACAACUCCAGCGUCUCAGUGAUGGCGGAGGAAUUUGAGCACGGCCCGUAUCGCCACUACCAGAAGUGCGCUGCCAGGGACACACAGACACACGGCUGCUGAGAGGACACACCCAGCGGCGUCAGGGAGACGCAGAUAUGAAGACUGGCUGUGAUGGAAGAAGAUGCUCCUGAUUGAUGGGAGGGAAGAAGCCAUGCUUUACACAUUUGGGAUCCAGGUUUUUCCAUAAUCAAUAAAUUCCAGGGUUGGUCAUGCCAGACUGCGGCAGGCAAGGUUUGUCCCGAGUGGACAGCGGGAGUCAUUCCUGCGAUACGAGCACUAUUUUCUGCACAAAUAGCACUAUUGUCUGCACAAAUAGCACUAUUGUCUGCACAAAUAGCACUAUUGUCUGCACAAAUAGCACUAUUGUCUGCACAAAUAGCACUAUUGUCUGCACAAAUAGCACUAUUGUCUGCACAAAUAGCACUAUUGUCUGCACAAAUAGCACUAUUGUCUGCACAAAUAGCACUAUUGUCUGCACAAGUAGCACUAUUGUCUGCACAAGUAGCACUAUUGUCUGCACAAAUAGCACUAUUGUCUGCACAAAUAGCACUAUUGUCCGCACAAAUAGCACUAUUUUCUGCACAAAUAGCACUAUUGUCUGCACAAAUAGCACUAUUGUCCGCACAAAUAGCACUAUUGUCUGCACAAAUAGCACUAUUGUCUGCACAAAUAGCACUAUUGUCUGCACAAAUAGCACUAUUGUCUGCACAAAUAGCACUAUUGUCUGCACAAGUAGCACUAUUGUCUGCACAAAUAGCACUAUUGUCCGCACAAAUAGCACUAUUGUCCGCACAUAUUUGUACUCGCUUGACGAUACAAGUACCUGCGGAAGUGUGAGGGCGGUGUAUUGUUUGGAGCACCUGAGCGCAGAAUAAAGAAUCAGAAUAUACGGCCCAGUCA